AUGCAGGUUCGUUCGCGUAGUUUCAACGGUAACGUGGACGGGCCCGUGUCGCCUCUCGCCGCGUCGCCAGUUCCCGUGUCACCCCUCUCCGCGCGGUUCGAACCAUCUCGUCGCAAUGAGUUUUCGCGCCGCGACGACUCGAUUGGAAGUGCGACCUGCAUUUACGCUCACGCUCACACUUUCACGUCGGCUAAUCCUCCCCUCUCCUCCUCCGGACCGCGCUCCGCGUCGCUCGAGCGCAGCCCUGAAAGCUACGGCGUGAAGAGCGCCGUGAGCAACGCCGACAUGUACGCCUUCUGCCCGCUCGCCGUCGCGAGCAGCACCCCCGGCCGCCGGCCCCCUCGCAGGGGGCCUGGCGGAAGCGGAAGCUUCUCCGGGCGGUACGCUCGCUCCCCUUCUCCACAGCGCGCCGCUCAACCAGCUGCCCCGGUCGAGCCCCUCCGUCUCGGCCCGCUAAUUGCGGCGAUUGGUCAAGCGGACGUCACCGCGAUCCGCGACGCGGUGAAGGCGGUGCGCGCGGCGAUUAAGGCGACCCCGGAGAAUAAGAAGCGGUUGAUUCAGGCCGGCGGGGUCCAGUUCCUGAUUAAUCUCGUCGCCGAGUCGCCUGACGGCGACACAGUGGAGCACGCGGUGACCGUUCUAUACAACGUAUGUCGUGAGGAAGGCGGGCGCGACGCGAUCGUCAGCGGCGCGGAGGGCGGGCUGGAGGCUCUGGUUAAGGCGCUUCGGGCGGAGAAAUCAGCGGCGCGGGAAAACGCAGCGGCUGCGCUUUUCUGCCUUGCUUGGGGCAUCCAGACUGUCAGUAGCAGCGGAAAUGGCGGCGGGAAAGGCGGAAGGGGGUCAAGGGGGCCGUCGCCGUCGCGCCCGACCCGGGGCCGAUCCACGUCAGUUGGCGCUGUGUCCAUGUCACCAUCAGUAUCCGCCAGGUCAUCACCGCACACCCCGUCCCUCCCCCCUUCCCCAGCUUUAAAGUCCCCUACAGCGUCUACCGCGCUUCUGCGUCCCUCCUACGAUUCAAGGGAAUUCUCAGGUGUUUUUUCAGGUGCCGGCAACAGUCCCAGCCAGCCUGAGGGUGCACUUCAAGCAGCAGCAGGGGUUAGCGACGCUACUGCCGGAGCAGGGGAAGCAGCAGGGUCAACAGAGGCUGCUGCAGCAGGCGAGGGUGCAGCCGCGACAGCCGGGGUGGGGGCAACAGCUGGGGCUGCGGAUGCCACAGCCGGGGCAGCGGAUGCUACAGCCGGGGCAGCGGAUGCUACAGCCGGGGGUGCAGACGCUAUGGCGGAUGGGGCUGGGGAGCAGGGUAAACUGGAAUCGACGCCCCCACAGUCAUCCACACCUUCCGCCGAAACAGCUCUUUCCCCUCCCGUCGCCUUAGCUUUCCCCUCCCGUUGCCUUCAAUUCCCCCUCCCGUCGCCUUCAAUUCCCCCUCCCAUCGCCUUCAAUUCCCCCUCCCGUCGCCUCCACUUCCCCCUCCCGUCGCCUCCAAUUCCCCCUACCGUCGCCUUCACUUCCCCCUCCCGUCGCCUCAACUUCCCCCUCCCGUCGCCUCCACUUCCCCCUCCCGUCGCCUCCACUUCCCCCUCCCGUCGCCUCACCGCACCCCCUCCCGUCGCCUCAGCUUCCCCCUCUUGUCGCCUCCACUUCCCCCUCCUGUCGCCUCCUCUUCCCCCCUUCUUUCGUCUUCACUUUCCCCCUUCACAUCCUGCUCACUCUCUUCACCCCAUUUUCCCCCUUAUCGCUCUCUUUCCCCCUCUGCUCACUCCUCUUUUCCCGGCUCACUCCCAUGCCCACUCUCUCCACCCUGUUCACUCUCUUUCCCCCUUUGCUCACCCCCUUCUCCACCCUGCUCACUCUCUUUCCCCCACUAAAACCCUCCCUUUCCCCCACUCCUACCCUCCCUAUCCCCCACUCCUACCCUCCCUUUCCCCCGCUCCUACCCGUCCAAUCCCCCACUCCCCCCCGUCCAAUCCCCCACUCCCCCCCGUCCAAUCCCCCACAUCCCCGAUCCAAUCCCCCACAUCCCCGAUCCAAUCCCCCACAUCCCCGAUCCGAUCCCCCACUUCCCCCCCUCCAAUCCCCCACUUCCCCCCCUCCAAUCCGCCACUUCCCCCCCUCCAAUCCCCCACUUCCCCCCCUCCAAUUCCCCACUUCCCCCCCUCCAAACCCCCACUUCCCCCCCUCCAAUCCCCCACUUCCCCUCUUGCUACCCCUGUCAUCUUCCCUUCCCCCUACUACCCCUGUCAUCUUCCCUUCCCCCUACUACCCCUGUCAUUUUCCCUCCCCCCUACUACCCCUGUCAUCCUCCCUUCCCCCUACUACCCCUGUCAUCAUCCCUUCCCCCUACUACCCAAAUCAUCUUCCCUUCCCCCUACUACCCCUGUCAUCUUCCCUUCCCCCUUCUACCCCUAUCAUCUUCUCUUCCCCCUACUACCCGCGUUAGCCUCCCUUCCCCCUACUACCCGCGUCAGCCUCCCUCCCCCCUACUACCCGCGUCAUCUUCCCUUCCCCCCACUAACUAUCUCAUCUUCCCUUCCCCUUGCUACCCCUGUCAUCUUCCCUUCCCCCUACUACCCCUGUCAUCUUCCCUUCCCCCUACUACCCCUGUCAUUUUCCCUUCCCCCUAUAACCCCUGUCAUCCUCCCUUCCCCCUACUACCCCUAUCAUCUUCCCUUCCCCCUACUACCCACGUCAUCCUCCCUUCCAACUACUACCACUGUCAUCCUCCCUUCCAACUACUACCCCUGUCAUCCUCCAUACCCCAACCCCACUCACCUCUCUUCCCUCCCUUUGCCCGCCACCAGGCAGACGAUAAGACUAUCAGGGGCUUGGCAUUUGGCGGGGCCUCGUGUGGUCACCUCCCCUCCCUCCCCACUCCCCUCUCCUCCCUCUGUUUGCCACACCCCCCACUCCAUACCAUCCUAA